AUGUUUAUCCGCCUGGCCGGGCCCCAGGCGGGGUGGUUCGCCAAAUUCCCCAACUUCAAUUACAGUCCCAACGCCAAAGUCAGCGACGAAUUCAAGCGCCUGGGAGCGCAACGACACUGGAAGUUUGGCUCCCGUACCUGGAGAAGAAACUGGCGCGAGUGCUGGAACUACGAAUACGAUCGCCUCAUCGGCCACUGGGCCGCCAGCCUCGCUACAUGGCAGCAGAUGUGCGCCAAGCUGGGCUUGGAUGACAGCCUAGGCUCGAUCAACAAAUGCAAAAAGGCUUUGGCGAGUGUCUACGUCAGCAUUAUCGAUCUACUCGAAUGCUGGGAGACUGCGGAAAAGCCUCGCAUUUUCCGCAACAAGAAGGAGCUCUCCAAAUACACCAAGGCCGGCAAAAUGUUCCACCGCGACAUCGCCAAGCAGGACAAGGUCCUCCGUGUUCUGCUCAAGAGGCUCGUUUGA